AGCAAUGUCCCUGCCUCUCUCUAUCUCUCUCAAGGUGUUUGCUAAAACCAGGUCCACUAGUGGCUGCAGCAGAAGAAUGAGUCUAUGUUUGCUUUGUUCGAUAUUCCUCCCUCCCCUUCAACCUGUGCCAAGAAGGCAGUAAGUAAUAAGUGCUAUAUUAAAGAGCCUUUGUGCCUGACGUGCUCAGUUCAAGCCAUUUGUAUUUGAGCACUCAGUGGAGUGUUUGAAACAACACCAUGAAUUGGGCCUUCCUCGAGGGGCUCCUUAGCGGGGUGAACAAAUACUCCACUGCGUUCGGUCGCAUCUGGCUCGCCAUCGUCUUCAUCUUCAGGCUCAUGGUCUUCCUGGUGGCCUGCGAGAAGGUCUGGGGUGACGAGCAGAAGGACUUUGACUGCAACACCCGGCAGCCCGGUUGUCACAACGUCUGCUACGACCACUACUACCCCAUCGCCUACACCCGACUCUGGGCUCUCCAGCUGAUCUUCGUCACCUGCCCGUCCUUUCUUGUGACGCUCCAUGUCUCCUACCGAGAAGAACGCGAGCGCAAACACCGACUGAAGUACGGAGAAGACUGCGCCCCGCUGUACGAUCACACGGGGAAGAAGCGAGGGGGUCUGUGGUGGACCUACUUCUUAAGCCUGCUGUUUAAGAUAUCGGUGGACGGCGUGUUUGUCUUCCUGCUGUUCUACAUCUACGAGGCCACGUUCUUCCCUCCGUUGGUGAAAUGCAACAUAGAGCCGUGUCCCAAUGUGGUGGACUGCUACAUCGCCAGGCCCACAGAGAAGAAGAUAUUCACCAUCUUCAUGGUGGUGACCAGCUUUGUGUGCAUCUUCCUCACUCUUUGCGAGGUCUUCUACCUGUGUGGGAAGAGGUUCUGGGAGUGCUGCGGAGGAGGAGGAGGACCUCGCUCAGCCAGGGAAAACUCCUUCAUGAUGAUCAGAACUCCUCUGACUGGGAAGGAGAACUCGGCAUUCAAGGAGCCGGUCCCGGAGAAGGCCAAGAUAGCUGACAACGGAGAAGCGAGCAAAGAGAGUUCGGCCCCAGCGUACAGCAUAGUCGUCUCCUGAGAGACGUGUAUCAUGUUUAUGAGUUUGACUUGUGAGAAUUGUACUGUUGGACACAUUUAUCUGCAAAAUGUUGGUAAUGUUGUUUACAAAGGUCAUGUCUUCAUUUUAUUUUUAUUUUUUUUUACAUCAAAAUGAUGUAAUGUUUUUGUCCCAUAAUAUUGUUAGCUUUUUAAAGGCAGUUCAUCUAAAAUAACUAGGGCUGUCAAAGUUAACGCGAUAAUAACGCUCCAAACCUUCGCUAAAUUUUGUCAAGGAAAAACUGGCAAAGCCAUUUUUAAAGGGGUUCCUUGACC